AGUGGCAGUGGUGUGGAGUUGGGAGGUGAGGUGAGGGGCAGAGAGUGACCACAGGUCCCUCCUCGGGCACUGAUCAGCUGCUCAGCUAAAUGAUCUGUGAUGGACAAUUACACGGUAUUAAAGAUGAUAGGUGAGGGCUCAUUCGGGAGAGCUCUUUUGGUGCAGCCUCACAAUGACAGCCAGCAGUGUGUGAUGAAGGAAAUUCAUCUUUCCAAGGAUCCUCGCGGAAUACAGAAAUCAAGGCAGGAAGCCAUUCUCCUUGCUAAAAUGAAGCAUCCGAACAUAGUUGCGUUCAAAGAGGCAUUUGAAGCUGACAGUCACCUGUAUAUAGUCAUGGAAUAUUGUGAUGGUGGAGACCUCAUGCAAAACCUGCUGCGUCAAAAGAAGAAAUUAUUCCCAGAGGAGAUGGUGCUUAAUCUCUUCAUACAAAUCUGCCUUGGCAUGAAGCACAUACAUGAUAGACGGGUUUUGCACCGAGAUAUCAAAUCCAAGAAUAUAUUCUUCACAAAAACCGGAGUGGUAAAAUUGGGAGACUUUGGAUCUGCAUGUCUUUUGAACGAUCCAAUGGCGUUUGCUUGUACUUAUGUGGGAACACCUUACUAUGUGUCUCCAGAGAUCUGGGAGAGCAAGCCUUACAAUAACAAAAGUGAUGUUUGGGCCCUGGGAUGUGUCUUGUAUGAACUCUGCACUCUGCGACAUCCUUUCCAGUCCAACAGCUGGAAGAAUCUCAUCAUGAAGGUCUGCAAAGGGUCGUACCUUCCAGUCCCAAAUCAUUACUCGUUUGAGCUCCAAUAUAUCAUAAAACAGAUGUUCAAAAGAAACCCGAAGGAUCGACCCUCUGUCAACACCAUCCUUGCUCGACGCUACUUUGCUAAGCUUAUCAGCAACUUUUUAUCCCCAGAGAUGAUGAGGAAGGAAUUUAGUGAAGAAAUGACCAAAAAGAAGAGACCGGGGCAACCGAAAGCCAAGAUCGUGCUGCCCAAAGACCGUGCCCCGGAUGUUAAAAAAAACGCUCCCACUAGAGCCAAAGCAGGCCCACUCGAAGUACCAAGUGAAAAUAAUCAGCCGGUCUCUGAAAUUGUGGAAGCUUCUCCCAAUAUAACUAAGUGGAAUUCAACUGAAGGGGAAAAUGUGGCUAAGAGUUUAGCUCAAAAACCGUUGGAACAGACAGUUUCUCAAAUGGAAGUCACGCCAAAGGGAGACCAGGUGAUAAUGUUCAAGGAUUCUGCUCCUAACAUUCACAUGCGAAAACAAUGGAAAGAAGGCCCUUCGAAUACAGUUCUAAAUGUGCUUGAAAAUGCCCAACUGACCUCAUCUGGCACUGCUUUCGAAGAAACAAAGAGUGAUCAAGUAACUAUUUAUGCUACAAAUAAGCCACGGAAACUGUGGAAUCCAGGACCUCCUGAAGCUGUGCUGAAUUUUCUAAAGAAUGCUAACCUCAGCUUGGCCUUUAAAACCUACUCCAUUGAUAAACCAGCCUCAGGAACGUAUCUCAUCGGACCACUGUCAGCUGACUCCACCAAGGCAGCUGAUAAUGUUGACGGUGAAAUGGAAACUAUUGAAGAGGAUCCGGAGAGGCUGGAACCCAGAUCUGAUGAUGAAGAUACUGAAUUUGAGGAUGACAGUGAUCCAGACUGGGUGGAAGAACUGAAGAAAAUGGUGGAAAAUACUCUUUGAAGUCAAGAAUGUGACUUAAACACCCAAAAAUUGUUUUAUUCAUUGAAUUUUACAAUAACAUCUUCAAGGAGAUUGAAAUGCAAUAAGAAGACCUCAUUUCCAAGAAAAUAACAUGGAGAUAUUCUUUAAAGAACUGUGAAAAAUAUAAAGCAUUGAUCGCAUUUUCUAUAAUUUAUAUUUAAUAUUUAAUCUUCUGAACUUUUUCAAAUAUUUUCAAAUAAAGUGUGAUACUGAAAUGAUGUAUAAAUGAA